CCCAAUAAGGACCAUUACAAUCCGCCUUUCAUUCCUUGCCAAAGCUUCCUUGGCUAUUUUGGGAGUGUUUCUAACUUUUUUUUUUUCUUGUAGGAUUAUAACUAAAGUUGAGGUUGAGGAGCAAGGAGGGACUUUUGGCCUUUUUUUGUUGACUAUUCGGUUACAAAGGGGAAGUUUCUUUCCUCGUCCCCGCCUUCCGUCUUGUUGCUGCCAGACCACAAAAGGGACACGGAGAGGAAGACUUCUCCUUCGACGGACCAAAGACCUUUCCUUGGAAGUGUUGCCAGGACCAGCCAGCAUGAAGUCCUUUGGAGGUCCCAUCACCAUCGUCCUCUUCUUCCUCCUCAUCCACACUGCAAGAGCGACGGUCCGCACGGCGAAUUUCUCCACCCAGGUGGGCCAGUCGGUCACUCUGGACGCGGAGAUCCCCAAAGGGGCCACUUUUGCCAACAUCCAACUCCGAUCGGCCUCCCUGCGCCGGGCCCUGGCCUUGUGGAUCCCGGGGAAGCCGGUCACCGUCCUCUCCCCACAGUUUUCGGGACGGAUCGCCUUCGAGGAAGACGGGCACGAGUUCCAGAUCAGCCACCUGAGGCUGGAAGACGGAGGCACCUUUGAAAUUUUGAUGGAGAAUGCUGAAGGCGUUACGAAAGACUUGGAGAAAUACGUCGUCUUCGUGUUCAAUGUCAGCGUCGUCUCCGCCAGUCGGUUUGACAACCAGUCCUGCAGCAUGGAUUUGCUUUGUGAGGCCGGGGACUGGGAGCCGAGCGGUGAGCUAUACCUGGACGCAGACAUCCACGGGCUCCACCGUCUCCCGGAGCCCCUGGCACCACCUUGUCAUGGAGCCCAAAGACAAAGCGGACACUUACACCUGCUCCGCACAAUCCCUCGGCACGCAGGGGACUUGGGACAUCGAGCCCUACCCUCACUGCGGAUCCGCCUCUGGGGCCCAAGGUAAGGCAUGUCGUUCUCCUUUGGACUCUAACACCCAUAGACCC